GCCUCUUUCUCUGCUCCCAUUUAUUCUCUUCUGCAUAUAUUUUUUAAAAAUAGCAUCUAUUGAGCUUUUUUCCAAUUGUAGAAGUGGUAGGUGCUAAUUGUAGAAAAUGGAGAAAUACAAAAAACACACAAAAUCCCCCCACCCAGAGUUACCUACUAUUAAUGUCUUUAGACUGAAAUCAGCCCUAAGCGGGGCAUGAAGCUGUGUGGGGAACUUGGCAGGUGGGCUGGCCCAGAGACCCUGCUCUCCCUGCUGUGUAGACCCCAUGUCCAAAGGCUCCGGGGGCCCCCAGGCCAGGGUGGGAGGGGCUGGCAGCCCCAGGCUCAGUGGGUGGAGAAGAGGACCAGGGACCUGCGGUGGGAGAUCCAGGCUCUGUCCUCGGGCAGGGGUGAGAAGUUGAUGAGGGGGCCAUGUGGGAGCAACCGAAACUGAAUCUGGGGGAACAGGUCUCUGUGGGGAGCUGAAGCUUCCUCAGGGAAAAGAAAACUUGGGAUCUGAAUCCUGUCUUCCUUCCAGAGGAAGGAAGACCCUGCCCCAGCCCUGCAGCUUACCGUGUUGAUUCAUUCAAUCCAUGGGCAGAGAAGACCCUGACUUUGCUAGAAGCUUCUGGCACUGACAGAUGUGGGCACCUUCACCCACUCUCAACUCCUAAGGGCUUUCCUCUCCUGCAGAAAAAUGAAAGUACCACGAGCCUCCCCCCAGCUCGCAAGCAGUCCAGGGGGGCGAGGGCAGAAGCCGGGUCUGCAGCAACGGCAGUGUCCCGGGCAGUCCCCAGAAGAGAAGGUUGUCCCUAGAGCUGAGGACAAGCCUGAUCCCAGCAGUGGACCUGCCAUUUCUCUAAGCACCUGUUCUGUGCCAGGCAGUCCCCUAGAAGCUUUUCCAUAAGUUCUCUCCUUUAAUCCUCACAACUUUCCAGGAAGUUGGUAGCACCCCAUUGCACUGAGGAAGCUCAGAGAGGUGCGGGAAGUGGGCAGGUGUUUCCAGCCCAGGCCUGUCUGCAUUCACAGCUCGGGCUGGUGGCUGUCACUGCCUGCUGUGCCGAUGAUGGAGGACGCAGCCUGUCUGACCUCAGCCUUGCCAGACGGGAUCCCAGGGUAGGGGGUGCUGGGCCUGGAGGAACGCGUGGGAGGAGACAGUGGCCGCUGUGCCUGAAACCCAGAGGCCCAGGCGGUUGGCAGCACAGGGUACCCUGCUGACCCCAGCCAGCUGGUGAGGGCACGGGGGGCCCUGGGGUCUGGGACCACAGCUUCCUGUGGCCCUGCUGUCCAGUCACGAGAAGCCAAAGGCCCAGGAUCCUCAUCUCUGCCCUUGGGCCUGGCCAUGCAGCGGGAAGGUGGGCCUUGUAACUGUUCCCGAGCCAGCCCCAGCCUCCCCCUCCUCACCCUGCAGAGAGGCGGAGUGGGCUGGAAAAGGACCAUGGUGGAGGCGGAUGGGGGUGCAAGGACUCUCUGGAGGGCUCUGUUUAGGGGAGAAGCCUCCAGUUCCUCAGGGUGUGGUGACAGCAACUUGGCAGGGGAGCCCUCCGCCCGCGGGGUGGACGCUGUCAUGUACACGGACUCGGGGAGUCACCAAAUAUCUAACUGAAGGCUGAACACAAAUAGGCCCAGUUCGUGUUGAUGACUGGACACUGUGCCUCCCUCUGUCUGGACAAUGUCCUGUUGGCUCUGGAUCCACGGUCCCUGCUGGGAGGGAGGCUGGGGCAGGGAGGUGACACCCAGCCUGUAUAUAUGACAAUAGGGUCUGCAGGACUGCAAGAGAGCCACAGGUCGCCAGGACCAGCCUUCAGGCAGGCAGGUGUCUGACUACGCAGGGCUGCAAAUCCUCUCCCCCCACUAAUGCCUCCACCCCCAACCCCACCGGACCUUGUGCCAUGUCAGGGCUUCUCUGGGCUUCCAUCUCAGCCCCGCUGGGCAGCGCAGAUUUCAGCCCCAGGCUGGGCUCGGAGGCCUCACAUGGAGGUCACUCAGCGCCUGGGGGAGGAAGGGGGUGGCGAUGGGGGGCUGUGGGGCUCCCCUCUGCCUGCCAGCAGGAGCGCUGGGUGUUUCUCAGUGGCUGCGAGGACGCUGAUGAAAACCCCAGGAUGUUGUGUCAUUGUGGCCAGCCUGCUGACAGCAAGCGCCCAUUCCACCGCGCUCCGGACACUCAUGCUGGGGUAGAAAGGCUCCGGAGGCUUCUCUCAGGCCCACGGCCCCGUCAGCCCAUGGAGUUUCAGAACCUGAGCUCUCCUGCUCCCUCUCCUCCUCUCCCUCUCUCCUCUUCUCUCUCUCCCUCCUCCCCUCUCCCUUCCUCCCUGUCUCCCUCUCCCCCCUCUUCUCCUUCCACCUUCACUGUGUUGGGGACCCCGGGAGAUGCAUCGGGUUCCUGCCUUCUGACAUCUUACCCGCUGGUGUCUACUUUCCUGGCGCCUGUCCUGGGCGUGGAGUUCGCCCUGGGCCUGGUGGGGAACAGCUUAGCGUUCUUUAUCUUCUGCUUCCACACGCGGCCCUGGACAUCCAGCACCGUGUUCCUGGUCAGCCUGGUCAUCGCCGACUUCCUCCUGAUCAUCAACCUGCCCCUGCGUGUGGAUUACUACUUCCGUCACGAGAUCUGGCGCUUCGGGGCCGCCGCCUGCAAGAUCAAUCUCUUCAUGAUGUCCACCAACCGCACAGCCAGCGUCGUCUUCCUCACGGCCAUCGCGCUCAACCGCUACCUGAAGGUGGUGCGGCCCCACCACGCGCUGAGCCGAGCCUCGGUGGGGGCGGCUGCCCGGGCGGCCGCGGGACUCUGGGGGGGCAUCCUGCUCCUCAAUGGACACCUGCUUGCCACCACCCACUCCAGCAACUCCUGCCUCAGCUACAGCGUGGGCAACAAGCCCUCGGCCGCGCUCCGCUGGCACCAGGCCCUGUACAUGCUGGAGUUCUUCCUGCCACUGGCCCUCAUCCUCUUCGCCAUCGUGAGCAUCGGGCUCACCAUCCGGCGCCGCAGCCUGGGUGGGAAGGCAGGCCCGCAGAGGGCCGUGCGCGUGCUGGCCGCCGUGGUGGCCGUCUUCGCCAUCUGCUUCCUGCCGAGCAUCAUCUUUGGCACGGCCACCAUGGUGGCCUCCCGGCUGCGGGCCUGUCACGCCCUCAACAUCUGCGCGUGGCUGUUCCACGGCUCUCUGGCCUUCACGUACCUCAAUAGCGUCCUGGACCCCGUGCUCUACUGCUUCUCCAGCCCCAACUUCCUCCGCCAGGGCCGGGCCCUGCUGGGCUUGGGCAGGAGCUGGCAGGGCACAGGGAGUGACGAGAGCUCCUACCAGCCCUCUGCCUGGCGCCGGGAGGCCUCCAGGAAGGCGGAUGCUACGAUGAGGGUGCAGGUGGAGGGCUCGCUGAAGUAAGGCCUGGGGUCUGCUGCAGGGGAACUGUGGCUGCAGGCGUGAGGCCUGCCAGACUCUGGCCUGGAGGGACGAGGCCACUCACGACUGGACAAGGGAUGCCUGCAGACCAGGAGCCAAGCUGAGACAGCGGCAAACCCCAGUAUGCCCGUGGUGAGUGGCGGAGACCUUGUGGGCUGACCCGUCCACUGGCCCAGGACCCCCACACACCCAGGCAUCAGCAUGGGCCGGACGCUAAACCACAAAAGCAGGCAGUACGCCUACACCACAAUGACCUUGAGCAGACGCAGCCCACCCAGGGAGAGAGACCUGCAAAUGGCUCAGACACGACUGGCGUAAUACAAGGUACUUCAGGCCUAAGGAGAGUGGAAUGCAGCAGCAGGUGCUAGGGAGCCUUCCUCUCAUGCUCGUGGACUUGGGCACAGAAGACCCCCAAGCACCGGGCCCAGCAGUGGGAGGCUGGUUUUGGGGGAAACCGGGGUGGGCCGGAGUUGAUCUAGGAGAGGAAGACUUUCAUCCAACGGAGCCCAGAAGGGCCUUGGCACUUCACCCUGGGCACGUCUGCCGUGGGUUACACAGAUGGAGUCUGCACGUCCACCCAAAUGCCCACCGAGCAAGGCCUUGGGCAACGCCACAACGGUGAUGCCGUGGCCUGGUGCGGGGAAGGCUGGGACACCCUCCAGCACCAACUCUCGGAACAGCAAAGGCAAGGAAUAGAACAUUCCCCGGAGUGUUCAAUGAGGACACUGGGGGACUUUUCGGAGAUGAAGUGACAGCAUAAAACGGUACUUGACAUCUUUCCGGAGGAGAACAGGACUGCAGAACCAGGUGAAGGAAGAGCCCUCUUGAUAUGUGUGGCUCAAAAUGAGCUGGUCUUUUCCCAAAGCUAGUAGCAAACUGUGACUGGGGUGGCCUCUCUGUUCUUCCUCAAGACCUGGCGUGGCCCCAGGUUCCACAUCUCUUGGGCCUAGACAGAUGCUCUCCCAACAGGAAGAAAGAAGGACGCUGGCAGUGAAGUCAUGGGCAGCUUACCGGGGUUAGGAAAGGGAAAGGGCAAGAGAACCAUUUCACCUUCUAUGUCCACAUGGGACCAUAAAUCCAUGACAAGGGCCAGAGAGAAAGCCAUCCUGUGCUGUUUUCUUCAGUGAUGAGCCAGAUGUCUCUUCUUCCUGGUGUCCUUGCUGGAGGGGACUUUCUGUGGGGAACCCAGUGGGGAAUGCCCGCCCCCGCCACCCAGCUCACUGAGCACCUCUGACACUCCUCAGCAGCCCCAAGCCAAAAGCCAGUGCAGCUGCAAGAAUUGGCAAUGGUGGAAAUGGCCCCUGGCCAUCCCUGCAAAAACCUAAGAUGAAAGCCAACUCUUCCUCAGAGAGGCGAAGAUGACUGCAAAGCUGGGAACAGAAGAGACAGCUGGAGCUCAGGGCACAGCUUCCAACCAUCAUACAUCACGUUUGCUUUGCUCAGCUGAACUUGGCCUCCAAGGAGACAGGCAUCUAGCAUGUCAUCAGCAUUUUAGUGAUACCUCACUUGUCCUGGGCAGUUCAAUCCAAUUGUAGCUGCACUGUCUUGAAACAACCUGCUCUGUUCGGGGUACCUACUCCCAGCCAUCCAGCAGCCUCCCAGCUGCAGUCCCGAGACGGCUGGGAUGUCAGACUCCAGGUGUCCUUCACGGUGCCAUGACCCUGCACCCUGCAGCCUGUCCCUGCAUGGAGGGCAGGAUGGUGGCGAAACUCACAUCUGCUCAGGGAGUUCAUCAGGCCCUAAGCCAUUCCUGUCCCUGCAGCCAUGUGCACAGAGCAGAACAGCUGGCCGUGAUGCCACCAAGGGCUGGUGUUAACGGCAGACGGGGAGAGCCCAGGACACUGGGGACCAAGGAGCAGGUCUCUAUGGGGCGCACACGAGGUCUCCCAUGAAAUGUACCAAGAACGGGGCCACCUCCUUCCCAGGCACGGCUGUGAACAUCGGUAGGAGAGUGUAGCAAGUCCUGGAUCACAGCAUGGAAUGGGGAGAGCUCAGUCUGACACACAGCAUACAGACAUCGUGGAACUUCUCUCACCUGACCUGAAAGAAUGGGGAACCACCUGGCCCCGUGGAAGCACAAUCUGAUCUGAGGCAAUCAGAUUUCAUCAUGAUGAUAUGGAUGCUCAUAGCUAAGAGCACGUUCUUCUGUACUAAGGGAGUGACCCUCUGGAGCACAAAUGUUCACAGCGGCAGCCAAUCACACCGGGCAGUGGGAACUGCCUCUGCACCCCUCGCCCCACCCCCUCCACUUCCCCACAGACCUUUGACCUCCUGUCUUAGAGGUGGGUGAUUGGAGCCUUUCAAUAGAAAUGAGUAAACGAAAAGCAGAAGUGGCUUGCCAGCCCUAUCGUCACCAUCUUGCAUUGCUCAGUGGGUUGUGAAACCUGGUGCUCAGUUCCUAGGGAAGUGGUGAGGAGGGGGGUGGGCCACAGACGUGCUCUCCAGCUCCCACCACGCAGGCCACUCUGCAGCCAGCGGAGGAAACACAGACACUCACCCUCACAGCCUCCUGAGGAAGGGACAGCAGGAUGGAGCAGGCCUUUGCCUUCAUGGGCCCUUCUACAAUAGGGACGGUAUAUGCACAUUACCUGGUAUCUGAUUGGGGCACAACAAAUACGUGUUAAGUGAAAACCUAUCCAUGCUCAG